AUGAUUAAUAAAAAGUUGAAUAUAAAAAAAAAAAAUAUAAAUAAUACUGUUGAUACAAAAGAAAAAAAGAAGGUGAAACAAAAAGAAACUAAGGUAAGUGAUAUAGUGAGUUGUAUAGCAUGUUUAUCUAAAGAUAAAAAGAUACAAAAUAAAAACAAGAAGGAUUUUUUAAACAUAUAUGAAGAAUCAGAUUCGUCUUCCUACGAAAAUGGUGUAAAAAAAAAAAAAAAGAAAUAUGAAAAUGAAAAUUCUUAUAAAUAUAAUGCAUUAGAAAAUAUAUUUAAUGAUGAAAAGAAAAGUAAAAAAAUAAUUUUGGAAGAUUCUAUUAUAUCUAAUGAUAAAAAAUAUAUAUAUGAAGAUGAAUUAACUAUAGGCAAAAAUGAUGCCUUAAUUAUAAAUGGGAAAAUAUAUAAAGAUGUAGGAACAUUAGAAAUUCAUCUUUUUAAUUAUAAUGAUGAUAUCUUUAAUAUUUAUGAUGACGCAAUAAUUGAUAAUUAUCCGUUAUGUUUAGAAAUAAUAAAUCAGUGCUAUUACGAAAAUAAAAAUAUCGUAGCUAUAGGUACGUUAAAUCCAGAUAUAGGAUUAUGGGAUUUAAAUAAUAUUGAUACAUUAGAACCUAUAAAUUAUUUAGGAAAUAGUCAAGUAGAUAUAAAAAAGGAAGAAAAAAAGAGAAAACUACAUAUAAAGAAAAAAAAAGAAAACGAAAAGAAAGAAAAAAAAAAAAAUUAUGAAAAUAAUUUGUGUGGACAUACUGAUUGUGUAACUUGUUUAAGUUCAUCAAAAUUAAUAAGUAAUUUAUUGUGUAGUGGAUCGAAAGAUCGCUCUAUAAAAUUAUGGGAUUUAAGUAAUCUUUCUCAUUUGCAUACUUUUAGUUUUCACAAAAAAAAAAUUAAUAAUGUUGCUUUUCAUACAAAAGAAAAAAAUAUUUUGUUUUCAACUUCAUCUGAUAAAACAUUAAAAAUAUAUGAUAUAAGAAAAAAUACAGUUGGUUUAAAUAUUAAUUUAGCAAGUACACCCGAAUCUACUAUAUGGAGUAGAUACGAGGAGCAUGCCAUUUUGUCAUCUGAUGUUAAUGGUUAUAUUAAUAAGGUGGACAUAAGAAAUAUUAAAUCCUCUAAUCCGAUUGAUAAUAAUACAUUAAAAUUCAAAGCAUUCAAUAAAUCUUGUGUUUCUUUAUUAAGUACAUAUUACAAGGAUUUAACUUUGGCUGGGUCAGAAGAUGGUAUUAUUAAGGCUUAUGAUUUCAGUAAAGUUACUGAGAACGAGCCACUUUGUGUUUAUACAAAAAAUAUUAAAAAGAAUUUAUUUUAUAUGAAAGAUAAUGAGGACUGGCCUAAUGUAGUAUUUUUAGGAAGUGAUAAAUUAUUUGAUUGGGAUUUAAAAUCGUGUGAAGAAAUAUAUAAACAUUUCAAAUUAUAA